UUGUUCAAUAUUGCGAGAGCAUAAAAGCAUAACAGAAGUCAUACGUUAAAUAAGUAAAACUAAAAUUUCCUAAUCCAAAUGGCGAAAGCUGGGAAUCCAUUUAACAUUCUGCGCAACAUCUACCACAAUGAGUUCCAGUGGAUGUUGGUCAAGAGCUUCGGUAUGUUUUUUCUGGGCGUGCGAAUUGCUAAGGAAUUCGUGGGCGUGGAAUUGAUGCCUACUGUUUUGCCGGCCUAGUGUAAAGAAACCAAAUUCGCUAUGUAUAAAAACAAUAGGGCAGUUAACUAUUUAUAAUUAAAAACAAAAAUUAUUUACAAGCGUA